AUGCGGUGGCGGCUGCCGGGCGCCCAAUCGACCCUCCCCGCCAGCGUUGCCCUUCUUUUACUCCCGGUUUUGGUUGCUCCGCAGCAGCAUCCAGAACGUUAUAAUUCUGCCUCUCAUGUCUCUGUGCCACUAGCAGCGGGUGAGACGAAUUCAUACUCACAACAUACGGCUUCUGCAGCUGUACCUCCUAUCGUGAAAUCCAACGAUGCGAGCGCCCUGGUAACUCUGGCUCUGGCGGGCUCCGGCCGCGCCGUUCGAGCCCCUCCCACCCAGGCUAGCAGCACCGCUGCUGGUCUGGCGUCGCAGCUUCAUGCGCGGUCCUUACAAGACUGGGAGGUUGAGGAUUUUGUCCUACUGGCGACCGUCGACGGAACGAUCCACGCUCGAGAUCGUAAGACCGGCUCUCCUCGCUGGGCUCUAGAAGUUCCCAGCAGUCCGGUGGUAGAAAGUAUCUACCACAGGGCCAAUCGAACUAGUUUCGACGAUACGCAGCCCGAGGAUGAUUUUCUUUGGAUUGUGGAACCUAGCCAAGAUGGCAGUCUGUACAUUUACAGCCCUGGUCCCGAUGCCGGGUUGCAAAAACUUGGUCUGACAGUCAAGCAGCUGGUCGACGAAACUCCUUACUCUGGUCUUGAACCAGCUGUCACAUAUACUGCUCGGAAGGAAACUACUUUGUAUACAAUCGACGCUCGCACUGGAAGUAUUUUACGGGUCUUCAGUUCUCGAGGCCCAUUUACGGCAGGCCAGGAAUGUCGCAAGGUGGACGGGCAAGAUCUGGAUCCCGAGGAGUGCGAAACAACCUCUGGUACACUGGUCCUUGGUCGUGUGGAAUAUGCCGUGGCGAUUCAGAAUACCGAGACUGGAGAUCCUAUCUGUACCUUGAAAUACUCCGAGUGGGCGCCUAACAAUCGCGAUAUGGAUUUGCAGAGUCAGUACUUUCGAACCAUGGACCAGAGUCAUGUCUACAGUAUGCAUGAUGGCGUGGUGUUAGGCUUUGACCAUUCUCGCAUGGACCGCCCGCGGUAUACUCAGCGUUUCUCAUCCCCAGUGGCUCGAGUUUUCGAUGUGGUUCGACCCGCCAACAAAGAGACCCCUGAUGCUUCGACUCCGCUGGUUCUCCUAUCACAACCUCUUCAACCACCGGAUCCUGACUAUGGUACCUUGGAUGAUGGGCGGGACAUGCGGGUCUUCAUCGACUCCACUAAUGCUGGUGGAUGGUAUGCCCUUUCGGAGGAGACAUAUCCAUUGGUGACUGGCCGUGCUCCGAUGGCUCAGUGUUACGAUAAAGAUUUCUUCCGCAGAGGACAACCUUUGAUGAGCUUAAACCCACACCAACAGCGUGAUGCGCUGGCGGGUGUUCAUUCUUUGAACGGUCCACAGAUCCGUCCACCUAUCCCUCGCCUUGGUAGCUCAAUGACUGAACUCGCCAAUGACACUCCUCGGGAUACUCUACGCAGUCCGUCAGAGUUAGCGCUCCCUCCUGCCCUACGCCACAGCGCCAUCAUCCGGAAGAGCUGGGACAACGCCCUUGAUAUCGUCGUUACUCUCGUCUUGCUCUUCAUCGGCACGUUCAUUUAUUUCAACUCCCAUAAUAUUCGAGAUCUCGCCAAGCAGAAGUUGGACAUCAAAAAUAUCAUCAACUCAAAUGACAAAGCUCCCCUUUCAACUCCUCCCACCCCCAUCGUCGGUACUGCCCCAGAUCGGAAGCGGGCUUCCAGCCUCUCCCGAACAGUGCCGGAUGUGACUGUGGAUGUGGAUUUUCUGGAUCAAAAUGCGGAUACAGAUGCCAUACCACGACAUCCUCGAGACUGCAGUACGCCGCCUGAAACGCCGCGUCGUGUGAAGAUAAGCGAAGCAACCUCUGAAAUCGACGAUCUCGAGAUAGACGAGGCAGGUCAAGAUCUUGAUAAAACGCCGGUGAAAAAGAAAGGUCGUGCUCGAGGUUCACGCGGUGGCAAAAAUCAUCGUCGCCGCAAGAAGCCCGGCACUGAGGAGGAUGCCACAGAACAAGCCGAGCAAGUGGUUGAGCAAGUCAAGGGUAUGGCACCGCAGUCCCGACUUGAACCAGACAUACAGAUGACUCGUACCAUGUCCAAUGAAAUUUCGCAGAUGGAUGGGGUUGUUCGCAUCGGUAGGCUUGAAGUUUUCACUGAUGUUGUCCUUGGUCACGGUAGCCAUGGAACUGUGGUCUACCGUGGUGUUUUUGACGGGCGGAAUGUGGCAGUCAAGCGUAUGUUGAUGGAAUUCUACGAUAUUGCCUCGCAUGAGGUCGGCCUACUGCAGGAGAGCGAUGAUCAUCACAAUGUCAUCCGUUACUUUUGUCGGGAACAGGCCUCUGGAUUCUUGUAUAUUGGUCUGGAGCUGUGCCCGGCCUCCUUACAAGACGUCAUUGAGCGCCCAGUUCAAUAUCCAGAAUUGGUUCAAAGUGGUCUAGACCUGCCGGAUAUUCUUCGUCAAAUCACUCAUGGUGUUCGAUACCUGCAUUCGCUUAAGAUUGUCCACCGUGACCUGAAACCACAGAAUAUCCUGGUAUCCAUGCCUCGAGGUAGGACAGCAUCACGAGCUAUACGACUCCUCAUUUCGGACUUUGGUCUCUGCAAGAAACUGGAAGACAAUCAGAGUUCCUUCCGUGCCACAACUGCACAUGCCGCUGGAACUUCUGGAUGGCGAGCUCCAGAGUUACUGGUCGACGACGACACUGGUCCCUUGAGCCUCGCAUCUCAACACACAGAAUCAUCCGAACCGGCUGUUGUCGACCCUCAAACCAAUCGCCGGGCUACUCGUGCCAUUGAUAUCUUCUCGUUGGGCUGCGUGUUCUAUUAUGUUUUGACUCGUGGCAGUCAUCCAUUCGAUAAGAACGGCAAGUUCAUGCGAGAGGCCAACAUUGUGAAGGGCCAUUUCGAUCUUGAAGAAUUGGAUCGUUUGGGUGAUUAUGCCUUUGAGGCAGAUGACCUGAUUCGUUCUAUGCUUUCUCUUGACCCUCGUCAACGACCCGACGCAAAUACUGUUCUGAUGCAUCCAUUCUUUUGGCCUGCUUCGGAUCGGCUUAGUUUCCUCUGUGAUGUUUCGGAUCACUUCGAAUUUGAGCCGCGUGAUCCCCCGUCUGAAGCACUACUUUGCUUGGAGUCUGUUGCCCAACAAGUCAUUGGCCCAGAGAUGGACUUCCUGCGUCUGCUUCCCCGUGACUUCAAAGAUAAUCUGGGUAAGCAACGCAAAUAUACCGGGUCACGCAUGUUGGAUCUGUUGCGGGCUCUUCGCAACAAGCGCAAUCAUUACAAUGAUAUGCCGGAGCAACUCAAGGCCCACAUUGGUGGUCUGCCAGAGGGUUAUCUGAAUUUUUGGACGAUCCGCUUUCCCAGUCUCUUGAUGAGUUGUCACUGGGUCAUUGUUGAGGUACAACUGACCAGCAUCGAUCGGUUCCAGCGGUACUUUACGCCACCUGAGUGA